AUGUCUCCAAAUCGUAGCACCCUCAUCGUCCACACCUCCCUGCUCUUCGACCCCAUCCAGAAAGCCUUUCUCGAAAAUGUCUCCGUCGAGGUCAACACAGAAACCGGUGCCAUUGUCCGCCUCCAUCACCGCAACACCCCCGACCUCCCCUCACCCCUGUCAAGCCGUGACAUCGACCUCCGCGACAAAGUCGUGCUCCCCGGCCUCGUCGACUCCCACACCCACAUCUUCCUCCACUCAGACAAAGACCGAUUCCACUCCCUCCAAAUGCGCGACGAAUCCGCCGUCGAGCGCACCGUGCGCGCGACCAACCACGCCCGCGCCGGCCUCCUGGCCGGCUACACGACCUACCGGGACCUGGGCACCGAAGCGCUCGGCAACGCCGACGCCAACCUGCGCGACUGUGUCAACCGCGGCCUGACGCCCGGCCCCCGCCUCUUCGUCGCCACCGAGGCGCUCGCCUCCUCGGGCGGCUACGAGAUCCGUACUGAGAAUAAGUUGACUCGUGGGGGGCCGCUGGGGUUGGGGUUGCCGCGCGCGGCGGAUGUGGUGGAUGGGUUUUAUGCGGAUUAUCGGCGGAGGGUGAUGCGGUUCCCGCCGGAUGUGGCCGGGCCCGGGGGGAGGGUGCUGUUUCCGCCGGAUCGGAGGGAGCGGAACCCCGCGGUGGUGCUGUUCUCGCAAGAGGAGAUGGAUGCGAUUGUGGUGGAGGCGAGGAUGGCGGAUGUGCCGGUCGCUGCGCACGCUGCGGAGACGAGUACCGCGCUGAUGGCGGCGAGGGCGGGGGUCACGACGGUGGAGCAUGUGUUUGCGGAUCGGGAUGGGUGUAUGGAGGCGAUGGUGGAGGAGAUGUUGGAGAAGGGGACGAUUUGGGUGCCCACGCUUGCGACGGCUGAAGAGAGUUUUGGGGAGGACAAGUUUGAUAGGUGUAAGAGGGCCGUGAAGGCGGCGCAUGAUAAGGGGGUGAGGAUAGCCGCGGGCGGCGAUACCGGGGAUUUCAACCAUGGCUUGAACUGCAGGGAGAUGGAGAUCAUGAUCGAGGCGGGCAUUCCGAUUGAAGACGUCCUCGUCGCGGCCACGCAUACCGGGUGGCAUGCCUGCGGCGGUGACGCGUCGGGAUUCCGGUUCGGGUGGUGGGACGAGGGCAACCGGGCCGAUAUCGUCGCCCUGGACACGGACCCGCGGAAGGACGCCAAGGCGAUGCGGAAAGUCAGCUUCGUCAUGAAGGACGCCCGCGUGUGGAAGCGGGAUGGCCGGCCCGUGGACAUGUUCCCUGCCACGCAGUGGCCGGAGGAGGCUGCGGAGUCGAGCGAGGAAGAGUGCAUCCAACUCAGGCAGAAGCCGGGAAGGGCGGCAACAUUUGGGAUCCCGAAUCCCACGGCGUUGAGCAUCCGCGGCUCUGGGAACCCGACUCCCGCUGCGUCGGAUGUGGGCUGGGAGACCGACUCUUUUGACGUCAAGCUCGCUUGA